AUGAUAGUGGUCGAGAAGUGGGAAGGAGGACUGGUCGAGUACGGCAGCUAUGUCUUCCUCGACGUUCAGUGGUUUGCUGAAGUUCUGGACCCACUGUUCAGUCACAAACGGAAUUUAUAUGGCAGUAUAGAUCUCGGUGGCCGUAGCGUCACCAAGAACGUGAGGAGCUUAAGACGACUGGACAACGACCACAUUUUUGAGCCGCGACUCGCUGAAGAGUUGUGGGGCCCAGAUCUCGCUCGACAUCUUCUGGCGGCUCUCAAGAGUGCAGGGUUGACGUUCCCGAUGCCGAACGAUCCCAAUGAAGGCUUGGUGAUCCUUGUGCGGAUGAAAGAUAAGCCCCCACCUGGAUAUGACACGAAGCUCAAGCAGGCAAUCGCAGCCAGGAAGUACGACCUCAAGCUCAUAUUUCACUGCAAGUUCAGACUAGGGUUGCCACCUGGCUUGAUCGAGCGCAUUCUGGCGCGGUGCUGUCAAUUGGGGCAUCCGUAUCCCUUUUGGCGAUACGGAGCUCUGAUAUCGGGGGAGGGCGGGCAAGGGUCGUUUUCAGCGGAUUUGCGUUAUUCUGAUGAGAACAAGCUCCUUGAAAUCGUGGUGCACGGAGGACGCGAGAAAGUCGAUGCGUGGGCGACUCUAUCGAAAGUACUUUCCGUUCUGAUCAAGAUGCUCUCAGAGUACGGUGGCCUGCCGUGCGAGCCGCAGCUUUUCUGCCCGCUACACGAGGAGAAGAGCAUGCCCAUCACGAGAAAUACGAAGCCUGGAUCCCGUCUGGUCGAGGAGAGCGACUUUUGUCCGCUCUGCCUUGACCGUCGGGCGGGAAUCAGCUUCUUGGCAGCUGCUCUCCAGGUGGUGGAAUUCUCAGACACGUGUUUCUUAGAUGAACAGCUCAGCAAGGAGUUUGCAGAGAAUGCGACGAAAGUGGCUCAUAAGAUUUGUGAGCCAUGGCUGUCAAGCAACUACCAGAACUCGGAGACUCGAUAUGUGUGGUACGAGGACGUGAAGGCGUGGAUACUCCUGGCCAGUGAAGCGUGCCUUACUGUCUUCACGGCGUUCGUUGCCAAGGACGAUGACGACCCACGUCUCUGGGGGUCAUUUCUGGCCGUUGGCAUGCUGCUCAUAUUGAUUGAUGCUGUGCUGAUCGGUGUGCUGAUUGCCAAAAAGAUGAAAAAGAAGAGGGCUGAUGAUGGCGGCGGCGGAGCCAACGUGUAA